CCUAGCCCCCGUGGCUGAAGAAGGGACACGACAGUCGUCGCCCUGCCUCGUCUGUGCGUGGUUUCCAUUCCAACUAGCAAAGCAAGAAUUGUGGCCAAAUACCUAAACUUAGCCCCUAAAGGGCGGAAUCCCUUCACUUCUCUUUUGGUUGGUGAUUAAUUUGUUUGUAACAGCGGUGCAAUUUAAAUUCUUGGGUUUAGGUUCUGCAGAAACCACAAUCUGAUUGUAAUGGCGAAUUUGCGAAGACUUGUAAUUAACGUUUCCAGGGUGCUCAAUUAUGCGUCUACGCCGAGCUCUAUCCAACCUACUUCAAAUCCCCUUCUCAGGCCUUCCUAUGGAUAUGCUUUGUCUUCUCGAUUCACUUCCCAGAGUAACGACGCUCAAUCGCUUGCUAUAGACCUGUCCAACGAAGAAAGCAAAAGGCGCUUGUUUAAUAGAUUAUUGUACAGAAGCAAGCAACGAGGGUUCCUGGAGCUGGACUUGGUCCUCGGCAAAUGGGUGGAGGAGAAUAUCCAUUCCUUGGAUGAAAAUCGGCUUAAAUCUCUGAUUCAUGUUCUGGACAUGGAGAAUCCGGAUUUAUGGAAAUGGGUAUCCGGGCAGGAGCAACCCCCUGAAGCAGUCACCUCAAAUCCGGUCUUUGCUGCUGUGCGGGACGGAGUCAAGAAGAACCUUGAUAGCCAUGCCGCCCCUGAAACAAGAGCAACGCCUGGCCAACCAUGGGUAAGAGGUUGGGAUGAUAUCAAGAAAGGUCGGGAUGGUCCUGUUGCUGGGAAUCAGUAGCUCCUUCUCGAUGGUUUGGGGUUGUCUCUUUGUAAAAGCAAAAAAAGGAUUGAAUAAAAUCUGGUCGGCCAUUAUUGUUGUGUUUAUGAAGGGCUGAGUAACUGCAAUUUCAAGGCUUGUAUAAGCUGCUUGAGACAUGAAAAUACUCCUUUGGCCUGACUGUUAUCCUCGGUGUUCUCUGUGUUAAACUUGUUUUCUUUUCUAUGUUUUUUUUUUUUUUGGGAAUAAAGUGCUGGAUUCUAUCAUUCUUAA